AUGACUUUCCGAGGUUGUUAUACAAAGUUCUACAAUAUGAUGGAUCCAAACACUAUCAGACCACCAAAUCACUCUUACUGCACAGUUGGAGAAGUUCCAUUGACAUGCUUGUCUGAUGCUUCCAUCAUUGAGUACAGUUGUUGGUGUGAUGGAGACCACUGUAACUCUUCCCCUUCAUACACUUUCCUACUGGUCUUAGGGUUAUCGAUGUAUUUUCUAUCUUAA